GACUGCGUUUAUCUGGACAGGCAUUCACGCAAUCGUCCUUUCCGCUUCGAGAAGAUUGGCUGCUUCCACUAACUCAACCAGCAUGUCAUCCCCGAGACCAGCAAGGCAUAGAGUUUUCCUUGACCCGGGUUACUACAGCGGUUAUUUAGGAAAACUGGAGACAAAAAGCCAGAAAUUCAAGAAGUACUGGACUGUGCUGAGAGGGAACGAGCUGUUCUUCCAGAUGACCAGCCGCGAUCCAGCGUACAUUGAGAAAAUCAGUCUUGAGAACUUUGUGUCUGUGGAAAACGAUAAGAGCCACAGUAAUACCGAACAAAAUUCCUUUAUACUGAAGCUGAAAACUGGAGAAACAAAGUUUGAGGCAAAUAGUUCAGAGGCUCGAGAGCAAUGGAAAAACUACAUUUACACAGUUGCAAAGUUGGAAAUUCCAAACCUGGAUUUCCUCCCUGGACAGCUUUGCAGCCUUCAGGAGGUACUUGAAGAGGAGAUGAAGCGACUGCUAAAGCCAACGUCUUCUCCACCACCGCCACCAGCACGCUCACGGCCAACAACUCCAGAGCUGGAACAGUCUGCCUAUGAUGAUGUAGAAAAUCAACUUCUCAGCUGCUUCUAUAAUGUCUCACGAGUUGAGGCUGUGGCCCUGUUGGAGAAAAAUAUCGAAUUUGGAAACCUAUUAAUGAGGCCCAACACUGAUAACAAGAACUUAGCGGUUACAACACGACAAGAGUUCAAAAACCAGUCAGUCGUAAAGCACUACCGGAUAAAUUGUGUGGACGAUGGCUACGUCAUUGAAAUUGACGAUGGUAUCUUGUGCAACAGUAAGCAAGAUGUCAUCAACUUUUUUAUUCAACACACCAAAGGAGUGCUGAAGCCUUUAGAAAUACCAAAAGAUUAUGAAAUGAAUCUGAGUUAUGUGCAAGAAGAUGCUGAAAGUGGGGAACUGAUUCAUAGCAAGUUGCAUCCGCUGAAGCUGUCACCACCCAAGACAUCAACGGAACCAGUUAAGCAAGUGAAACAGAGCCCAAAGAUUCUGAAAAUUAUAGAACCAGAAGCAGGGCAUCUUGAUGAUGGAAUACCCAAAGAAUCACCACCAGCACAAUCCAAAAUUCAACAACUAGCAACCCCCUCUCAGCCUACCACUCUCCCAGCACUAACACAGGCUGUUAAUGCGGAGCUGAAUUUAAAGUUGAUGCGGAGAAGGGCGGCAAUGUGGGACUGAGAGACUUCCUGCUGAGGUCCAUGUUUAUUUGUCAAUCUGUGGAACAUCCAGUGAAAACUGGGAUUGGAGUGAUACUUGUGACGUGGCCACGCAUGUUGCAUUUGACUUUCAAAAACUGUCCUUCUCAUUCAACAACACUAAGCCUCUUCACAAAAGCUAUAUUUUUAAUCUUAAUCCUGAUGAUGUGCAUGGUUUGAUUGUUGUUUUCUUUGUACUUCAAGUUGAAAGAUGGUUAUGAAUACUAAUUUAGAUGAGAACCAUUUCAUAUUAAAGCAAAAAUUGUGAAGUGUGGAGAAAUUACUCUAGGGGGUGCUCAGUGAAACCAAGAAUUUCUAAGACUUGCCAAAUGGAGAAUGGGAUUUGUGAUCCCAUGAGUUGUCAACUCCAACAUUGAAAUCCCAGCUUUAGUCCAAUAUCUAAAACAUCCAAAUUGUAUUAGUUGGUGGUUGGGACUGCGCUGAUACAAAAUAUUGGAAACCAUCAAGGAAAUUGGUAAAAAUCUACAAACUUUUCUAUUAAUCAAUUAAUGGUCUAUAAUAACCUGACAGAAUUUUUUGUUUGAAAAGUGCCAAUCAAUUUAAUGUACUUUAAUGUACCAUAGUGUUACAAGUGAUGUUGACUAACCUUUUGUAUUUUGAAUGAAGGAAAAAAAAUAUGCUACAAAGUUUGGGUUUUUAAAAAUGAAAAGCAAUUUCCAAUGGAAUUGAAUAUUGGGACCAUAGUUAGAAUUGGGGAUAAAGACAUGGGCAUUUGACUACUUUUCUUGAAAUACCAGGACUCUAUGAGCUAUCCAACCUGGACUGUAAAAAGCAGGAGAGAAAAAUCUUAAAUUAAGAAAUCAAGUUUAUUUUCUUCACAAAAAUAUUACUGCACACAUGACCAGAUCUCUAAAUUAUUCUUUACUGCCAAAUAGUUUAGGAUAGAUCUAUUCCUUCAGGAAUGGGAUUGAAUUGACUUUAAAAUAGAUUAAUAAUCCUUGCAUGGAGCACAUCUAUGCAAGAAAUGUGUGGGUCCCGGAAUGUGGAGGGGGGAAACCUAGCUUUGGCACAAAAAAUGUCAAGAUUGGUAUUCUUAAAUCUUGCUCAAUAGGUUUUCUGCAUGGCUAAGGAGAGUGUGAGAGGGUGGCCGAGGUUAGUGCAACAGGAAGGAAAUUUGAAGAACAUUCCCUUAAGAAAGUAAAGUGAAUUAAUACAUGAGAAUCAAAUACUCCUUGUAAGCUGCUUUCAGUAUUUUUCAUAGAAAAAAUGGUUUUUGAAUUCCUUUUGUAUAAUGUAUUGACAACUCAAAAUACAAGUUGUAUAAAGGAGAGGGUAGUCAAACCAAGUAUAAAGGACAAAAGAUCACAUUUUAAAAUGGAUGAGUCUUAAAAGAUUGAGCUUCACCACUAGAGUGCAGACUCCUCUUUUUAAAUAGUACUUUGUUUGAUUCAGUCAUCUGAACUUAUUUCAGGUAACUUGUGCUUUAUAAGAAAGCUGUGCAGAGUAACCAGCAAUGCUGUGCAAUAGAUCUGAAGACACUUAGUAAAGAUUAUGCUCUUGUAUAACUUUGAUGUUAGAAUAUUAGUGAUUUAUUCACCUAUUAAUAUACUUUGAAAUAAUCUGUUUGUAACUGUAUUAUUUCUAUCAAUAGUCUCCACAUGGUCAGAGUUUAAUCAAAGGGAGAAAAGUUCCCUUGUAUUCCUGUCAAAUACAGGGAGAUUGAGCCAUAGGACUAAUCAAUACUGGCCAAAAGAUAGAACUUCAGGCUGCUGUGGCAUGAUUCUAUUUCAGAUGUCCUUUUAAAAAUGAUAUAGAGAGCAUCUGUAUAAAGUAAUGCUAUUAAAGCAAAUUACAGUAUUGAAUAUGUAUUGGUUAUACCAAUUAAUGUAAUUAUUUAAUUGCAAGCAUAUUAUGUUUUGUAAGAAAAUAAAGUCUU